CAGCUGCAAACUUCAAAACCAAAUGUCUUCCGUUUGUUUAUGUUGUUGUAGCGGUUAUCUAACACAAGCUUAGGUGGUAAGAUUUUACCGCUUUAAAUAGUCGCUAGACUUUAAGAUAGCAUCAUAGUAUUAUGUCGUCUUGCUUAAUACGUCACUGCCACCGAAACAGUUGGUUGGAGGGAGUCCGCCACCCUUUAUGCGUUCCUUUAUGGACAGCGAUGGCGAUGGUGUAGGCGAUUUGAAUGGCAUUACUUCACGACUGACUACAAUUGGUGCAACAGCAAUCUGGAUUUCACCCAUAUAUGAUUCACCAAUGGCUGAUAUGGGCUAUGACGUUCGGAAUUUCACGACAAUUUCUUCAAUUUUCGGCACAAUGGAGGAUUUCGAUAAUAUGUUGGCUAAGGCACAUGAAUUGGGCUUGAAGGUGAUCUUAGAUUUCGUGCAAAAUCAUUCCAGCGAUGAGUGUGAGUGGUUUCAGAAGUCGGUUCGUCGCGAAGAUGACUAUGAUGAUUGGUAUGUGUUGGAUGAUGGCAAAAUUGAGAGCGUUCUCCACCCACCAAUUGGAUUGGAUGGAUUACUAUCUCCCCUGCUCCGGAGACUCUUGCGGCUUCCUUGAUCCCGAGCGAACACCAAAGCAGUGGAAUUCUUCGAAAAAUGUCGGUUUCAGCACAGGCAACUCUACCUUUCCGAACGUCAAUCCCAACUACAAGGAAUUAAAUGUAGAAGUUCAAGACAGUGUGGCGCGUAACAGCUUGCGGAUAUUCAUGGGCAUCACCAUGGGCGCUGAAGAAAACAGCUGCCUUCAAGGCGUUCCAGGAGGAGGGCGGCUUCUCUUAUAGCGCUCUGUCAGAGCAGGUGUUCCAGGUCGUGAGGUGAGUUGAUGCAAUUUAGUAUAUCCCAAGUGCAUUUGAAUAAAGUAUUCUCUUCUUGAACCGCGGUCGGUCAGGAGAAAUAUCGUGUGAUUGCCAAUUUAGGUAACCAAACAGAGCAUUUCGAUAGUUUGUCUUACAAAACAAUAAAAUACGUACUGCUUAACUCUUAUUCACCACACAGCUACGGGUGUGUGUCUUUUGGUGAAUACGAAUUUUCCUUACUCAAUAUUCCCUUUUAUUUUCCAGUGACAAGAUUGAUUUAAGCGGAAGAAUUUAUCUGCAGCCUUAUGAUGCGGCGGUUCUAGGAUGAUCAAGUGGCAAU